UAUAUAUAGUAGGAUCCUUAUGAAACGGUGUCGUUUGUUUUUAGAAUUUAUUUUCUUUUUUUAUAGUUCUCAUGGCGGUUAAAGGAUGGAACUUGGCCAAAAAUUACUAAUCACACAAAUUUUAUUCUGUAGCAAAUUUUGUUGCAUAAAGAUUCAAUCUUGGGACAUUUUUACAUAUGAGCUGAAAAUUUGGAAGGAAUUAUGGCCUACUGCUUCAAAAAAAACCCAAAUCCCACAUGUCAAUUUUUCCUCAGAAAGCUUUCUGCUUGCAAGAUUUUUCCAGUUUAAGCUUUUUCUGCAAAAUCCAUGGCUUGAAUCAAGUGUGGUUAUCUAAUUGAAUGCGGAGGGAGUAAAUAGUCAUGACUGUUGAUAUGUUGUACCUGUUCGAGCUCUUAUAUCUUGGGCUCUGCCUUCAAAAGCUGUCUCAAAGACCUACUGCUUGCCUUUUAUUCCGCCCAACUAAGGGAUUCUACUACAUGUGGAACUGGGAAAAUACUUUCCAAUCCAAGAUAUUUGAAUUGCAAGAUGGCUUUGGGUCUGCAUUUGAUGAAGAAAGAUUGAGGAUCUUGUGAAGCGUCCAAACAAGAACUCUUGUGACACUGACAACUGGGGGAAGAUAAGGCAUAUCGUAGGGUAUGCUGCUUGAUGGGGGUCCUAUAAGAAGGAUAAGCCUUCAAUGCCUGCUUCUCAUGGAGAUCCUUACAGGAUGGGAUCAAGACAGGUCACUUCCAGCAGGAUUUCAUCCUUCUCUUUCCCGACGCGAUUGAAUCCCUAUCUUGCAAUUCCACUUUUGGUUAUUGUUCCAACUCCAUGUAACCUCUAAUUAAGAAAUGAAUUUGGCAUGAGAGUUUACUGCAUCAGACUUCAUGGUGAAGUUGUGAUACGCUCUUAUUCGAGUUGGUUCGGGAUGUACUGGAAGUCCAAAGGGCUAGCUUGAAUCAGGAGGUGAAAGAAAAGGAAGAAAAUUCUGUUAGAAGUCACGUGACCUGGGGAAGGAAAGACAAAGAAAUGAAGCUCUCGGAAAAGCUAAGGAGAGGAUGCAAUGAAGUUGAAAGCAUGUCCCUUAUGGAACUAGAAGUGCUGGAUACUUAAACGAACUAGAAGUGCAUCUCCCUUAUGGAAAGGAGUGUUUGAUGCCUUCCAUCUAGUGGAAAAGGGGUUUGACAUGGGUUGUUGGUGAUGGGGGAACACCUUUUUGGGAAGAUAAUUGGAUAGAAGGGGUUGAUAAGCUACAGGAUCACACAUUGUGCCCAAUUCUGGAGAAUUUGCGGUCAAGGCAGGUUGUGGAUUUCAUCAAAGGCGAUGGAUCUUGGGAUGCGGAAAAAUUCAGACCAUUCUUGGGAAGCGAAGUAGUCUCUCAAGUGUUAAGGAUGCCACCUCCGAUGGAUGCAUUAGGAAUGGAUCGUCCUAGAUGGCUUCAUAAAAGUCAGGUAAGUUUUCGAUUAAAUCAGCCUACUUUUUAGCUCUUGAUGAGUCUCAUUUGCAGGUCAACAAUGGCUGGCGAAAGGUGUGGAAUUGGAAAGGUCCCCAAAGAAUUCGAACUUUCCUAUGGCUGUCCAUCAUGGGAGGCUUACGACGAAUGAGUUGUGUAAAAAGAGAGGAUUGAUCCCGACAGAAGUGUGUACAUGUUGCAACCGGGCAGUGGAAACCACCGUGCACGCAUUAAGAGACUGUUCCCUGGCUAGAGAUGUGUGGCAACAAUUGCUGCCCCCAGUCUCCGACCAGUUUUUUAUCAGCUGGAGCUAAAGGAUUGGCUGCGCACAAACCUGGAGAAUGCAAAUCCCAAAUGGCGGACCAUGUUUGGAGUGACCUGCUGGAUGAUAUGGAACUGGAGAAAUGAUCGAGUAUGUAACGGCAGUCAGAUUUAUGUUCAAGAAGCGGUCAGAGCAGCACAACGUAGAGCAGAGGAAAUUGACAGAAGCCAAUUACUUUUGAAGUGGCAGAAAUUGGGAAGGGACAGUGAGGUACAGGUUGGAUGGAAGAGACCGCCGUUGACGUGGUUUAAGGCCAAUUGCGACGGUGCAGUAUGUACUACGACAAGGGAGGCAGCAGCUGGAGGGAUUUUGAGAGAUGACAGGGGCUUUGUGGUGAAAGCCUUCAACAAAAGUUUUGGUCAUUGUACUGUGAGACAGCAGAACUGAGGGCGAUCCUCUUAGCAUUAGAGGUCGACAAGAAGCUAGGAAUCGCAAAAUUAAUAUGCGAAUUCGACUCUAUAGCAGCAGUAGAUCUGAUCCAACGUAUGAAGGAUCAGAAUGAAAUCCCUCUGGACCCAGAAUUAAGAGGGAUUCAUGCCAUUUUGCGCUCUAAUUGGGAUGUAUAUUUUGUGCAAACGUGUAGGAAUAAUAAUGUGUGUCGAUAUUUUUGCUAAGACCGCAUUAGGUGUAGAUAAGAGAUUAUGUUUUUUUGAUGUUCCUCCUCGGUGUAUCCAUAUGUUACUGGAGAACGACUGCAAGGGUUCAUACAGAUGAAAUCGUUGGCUUUAACUUUUAGUUAAGUUCUUCACC